GCAUUUGGGAAAAGCCAACAAGUUUUGCAACUAUUGUGAGCACGUCGAAAGAUAGAGCCAAGAAAUUAAGGUAUUUACAUACAAAAAGAUAGAGAAAGAAACUAAGCAUUAAUCAGUGUUGGAAGAUGAGCAUGAUGGCCAUCAUUAGCAAACUAUACUGUUCAUCUUCUCAGACGGUGCUUGGGGUCAGGAAAAGACCUCAUGUGGUGAAUGGAGGGGGUUUUGUGGUCACGGAUUGUAGUGGCCAGAGGGUUGUUUUCAGAGUUGAUGGUUGUGGGAUUCAUGGCACUAAGGGACAGUUGAUUCUAAGAGAUGGGGAAGGAGAUGCUUUACUUCUCAUGCGUCGAAAGGGAGGCAUGGUUGAAGCCCUUAGCAUUUACAAGAAGUGGAAUGGUUAUAGUGUAAACUAUGAAGGAUUGCAGAGCCUGGUUUUCAGCUUGAAAGAGCCCAACAGUUGUUGUUUGGUUAGGAACAAUGCCAUUAGAAUCUCCAUUGAGCCAAGGAAUGCUAGUAACAAGGGCUGGGACUUUGAGGUAAGGGGUUACUUCCCCGAUAGAAGUUGCAGCAUUGUUGACGUUAGAGGCAACGUAAUAGCACAGGUUGGGGUGAACAAGGAAGUGGAGAAAUUGAUGGAAAGCAAGGAUUUGUAUCAUGUUGUUGUGAAACCAGGGAUCGAUCAAGCGUUUGUUUUUGGAGUCAUUGCCAUCCUUGACAACAUUUAUGGCGAAUCCACGCACUGCUGAAUUAUUAUUUUAUAAAAUAACCAAUACAGUGGUUUUCUAGUACGUAUCACAAAUAUGUAUAUAUGAUCUGACAAAUAUGCCUAGUAUAUUAUGGAAGGGAAAUUGGAUUGUUACUUCACGUUAAGCUGUUGCUUGUAAUUUCGUUAAUUUGAAUGACUUGUUUGACAAUGAUGGAUGUGAAAGUUAUUUAAGUAUUAUUCCUAGUGCUUAUCGUUUAUAGGCUGA